AAGAAUUUAACUCAUUUAAAAAAUACAAAUAUCAAAUCAUGUUGUACACCUGAAAUUAACAUAACGUGGUAUGUCGAGUAAACCUCAAUAAAUAAAAAAGAAAAGAAUUUAAAGGAAAACAUGGUCAUAGUAAGGAGAGAAAUGUGAGGUAUACAAAGAAAGUAGAACUUCCAGAGAUGAAAAAACAUAUCUGAAAUAAAAAUUUCACUGAAUGGUAAUGACAAUAGGUUAGAUACUGCAGAAAAAUAAGUAAGUGCACUUGAAAACAUAGGAACAGAAACUGAGCAAAAUGAAGGACAGAGAGGGGGAAAAAAGACCAAAAAAAGAAAAAUAUUUGAAGAAAUAAUGGCUGAAAAAUUUCCAAGUUUGAUGAAAACUACAAACUCACAGAUCCAAGAAGCUCAACACACUCCAAGCAGAACAAACACAAAAGCGACUAAGGUACACCAUAAUCAAAUGCUAAAAAUUCAUGAAAAGGGGAAAAUCCUAUAAGUAGCCAGAAAAAAAUUAAUCAAAAUUAAGAAUGACUUCAGACUUCUGAUCAGCAACUGUGCAAGCCAAAAAAAAUACAAUGGAACGGUAUCUUUAGCUCUUCCUUGGCGCUGCCUACAGAGGUGGCGGCCACCAUGGCUGUCCUCAAAGCCCUCGUGAAGCUCAAGAUCGUCAAAAAGACCAAGAAGUUCAACCCACACCAGUCAGACCAAUAUGUCAAAAUUAAGCGGAACUGGCAGACAUCCAGAAGCACUGACAACAGGGUGCGCAGGAAAUUCAAGGGCCAGAUCUUGAUGCCCAACAUUGGUUAUGGGAGCAACAAGAAAACAAAGCUCAUGCUGCCCAGUGGCUUCCGGAAGUUCCUGGUUCACAACUUCAAGGAGCUUGAAGGGCUGCUGAUGUGAAACAAAUCUUACUGUGCUGAGAUUACUCCAAGAACUCAAAGCCACUGUGGAAAGAGCAGCCCCGCUGGCCAUCAGAGUCGCCAAUCCCAACGCC